GCAGCAAGAAAGAAGGAAAAGAUCUCUGAAGGUGGUGUCAUUUGCUGAUGUGGCUGUGGACUUCAGCUGGGAGGAAUGGCAGGACCUAGACAUUGCUCAGAGGACCCUGUACAGAGAUGUUAUGUUGGAGACCUACAGCAACCUGGUAUCCUUGGGGUACCGUGUUCCUAAACCUAAAUUAAUUGUCAAGCUGGAACGAGAACCAUGGAUAGGAGAGGCCUCAGACAAGAAUUUCACAGAUGUCCAAGAAAUGGAGGAUGUGAUUAAGACCUGCCAGGAAAGUCCAGAUGAAUGUCUGUAUGAAGUAGCAGUCACAAAUAGUAACACAGUCGAGGAAAGAAUGAAAUUAUUGACAACUUUUAAUUUGAGCUCAAAACAUAAGCCAGAACUAAUUAGAAAUAAUGGGAAUUCCUUAGGGAUGAGGACUGAGGAGCUCAUUGAGUAUGGGAACAUGCUUCUCUCUAGUAAGCCUAAUGAAAUCCAUGCUGCGUGUAGGCCUGGUGUGUCUCCUCUAGUUUUAAAAUCCUUCAAAUAUUCGGGGCAUUUUAGUCAAAAUUACAAGUAUCCAAAUGAGCUGCAGUAUUUUGGAUAUGGUGGAGAAGGGGAGGUAUUAAAUUCUAAGAACAUAUUUUGUAGACAAAAUCAGGUUUGUUUGGGAGAACCCUCCUAUAACCCUAAUGAAUACAGAGAAUAUAGAGAAGACAGGGCUAAGUCAGCUCUCCUUGACGGAGAAAUACUUCUAGGAGAAAGGAAAACACCUGAAGGUACUAUAUGUGCAAAUACAUUCCACUUAAGACCUAUAGUCACUACACAUCAGAAAAUGUACACAGGAGAGUAUUCUCAUACAGGUAGUGAAUGUGAGAUAUCUUUUGGUAAGGAAAUACACCUUAAAAAACCUAAGAGCAAAUGUCUGGAGAAGUCUGAUAAAUAUAUACAAUGUGCAAAAUCUCUCUCUCAGAAGUCAGACCUGACUUUCCAACUUCAAACUCCCACAGAAGAGAAACCCUAUCAAUAUGAGGAGUGUAGAAAAUUUUCCACUGUGAUGCAAGCUCUUGGCAGGCAUCAGAGGACUCACAUGGGAGAGAAAUGUUAUGAGUGCAAUCAAUGUGGGAAGUCUUUCAGACUGAGGUCAUUUGUCACUUUACAUCAGAGAAUGCACACAGUAGAAAAAUCUUACGAAUGUGACAAAUGUGGAAAGUCUUUCAGUCAGAAUUCAUACCUCAUUUUGCAUCAGGGAACACACACAGGAGAGAAACCGUAUGAAUGUAAAAAUUCUGGAGACUCUUUAUACUGCAAGGCACAACUUGCCAUACAUCAGAGAACACACACAGGAGAGAAACCUUAUAACAGGCUUGGAAAGUCUUUCACCAAGAAGACAGAUCGUCAGAAAAGACACACAGGAGAGAAAUGUUAUGAAUGUAACAUAUGUGAAAAGUCUUUCAGACAUAAGUCAUGCCUCGCUCUGCAUCAGAUAAAACACACAGUAGAGAAACCUUACGAAUGUGACAAAUGCGGAAAGUCUUUCAAAUAUAAGUCAUCCCUCUCUUUGCAUAACAGAACACACACUGGAGAGAAACUUUAUGAAUGUAACUGGUGUGGAAAGUCUUUCACCAAGAAUACAAAUCUCAUUGUGCAUCAGAGAACACACACAGGAGAGAAACCUUAUGAGUGUAACAGAUGUGGAGUGUCUUUCACCCAGAAGUCACACCUUACUCUUCAUCAGAGACUGCACACAGGAGAGAAACCUUAUAAGUGUAACAAAUGUGGAAAGUCUUUCACCCGGAAAGAAUUCCUUCAGCUUCAUCAGAGAACACACACAGGAGAGAAACCUUAUGAAUGUAACAAAUGUGGAAGGUUAUUCAGACAGAAGUCAGAACUUCCUUUGCACCAGAGAACACACACAGGAGAAAAACCGUAUAAAUGCAACAUAUGUGAGAAGCUUUUCAGAUAUAAGGUAUCGCUCACUGUGCAUCAGAGAAUACACACAGGAGAGAAACCUUACGAAUGCAACAAAUGUGGAAAGGCCUUCACGCAGAGAUCAUACCUCGGCAGGCAUAACAGGAUUCACACAGGUGAAAAACCUUAUGAAUGUGACAAAUGUGGGAAGUUCUUCACCCAGAGUUCACAACUCAGCUCACAUAAGAGAAUUCACGCACGUGAGAAAUUUUAGGAACAUAAAUGUGGAAGAACCCACAUGGAAGAACCCACACAGAAUGGAAGCAUGAAUGUAGCAAACAUGCAGUCUUACCCAGAAAUCACAGCUCAUACUUCAUCCUUGAACACCCGUAGGAGAGAAAUGUGGAAAGUUUUGCAAGAAAUCAUACUUGGGUUUGCAUUGAAAAGCAUAUACCUGACAGACACCAUAUGAAUGUAACAAAUGUGGUAAGUCCUUCACCAAGAAAGCAUGGCUGAGUGUUUAUAGCCCCCACACAGGAGAGAAACCUUAAUGAAUAUAGCAAACAUAGAAGAUCUUUCACCUGGAAGGCAUACUUCAGUAUUCAAAGAACUGACACACAUGGAAAAGAAAACUAGUGUAACCUAUGUGCAAUGACUUUUAAUUAGAAGCUCAUUCUCAGUCCACUUACACAAGAGAAACUGAGUGUAAUGUAGAAAAACAUAUAGCCUGAAGUUACGUUUCUACCAGCAUCAGAGACCAAGACACGGAACAGAAUCUCUUAAUGUGUAUAUCAGCAAGCAUUAGAGGACUCACCCAGGAAAAAAACCAAUAGGAAAGUCUUUGUCAGAAACCUCUAUAAAUUAUAGAGAAAUUCUUCAUGACAGAGGUAAACUAGGUAUAAUGGGAAACCAUUCUUUACUCUUGGACACUCACUGACCCAACGUUUCUCUUGUGUUGAGUGGGAAUGAUGUACCUGAGUAUUAUCCAAAGGAUUUGGACAUAAGUGGUGGGCAUUAAUUACUUUUGUGCUUGACAAGUAAUGAAGAGAGUUGUCUUUUAUACUAAGGAAUCGUUUCUCAAAGAAAUUUGAUAAACUAAUCAACAGUAAGAGCUCCAGCCAAUCAUGGGUGACUCAAGCCUGUCUUCCUAGCUACUCA